AUGGAAUUGAAUAACAUUCGGAUGAUCCCCCUCAUUUGUAUCGUUACCGUCUCUGUUCAGCCCAGGGGGAGACACAGGUUCAGCCCUAAGUCUACCGCAGGAUCUUCUUCUCUCCAAUCUUCCUAUCCUCCAUCGUCGAAUGCCCCCUGGAUGCGACUGAGUCAUAUAACAGAGAGAACGGAAGGCACGGAGUCCCGCCCUGUUUCCGGUGUUUCCUAUGCAACGAGUGUUCCUGUACGAUCCAGAUCAGCUUUUCUUUCCUCAGGCGCAGGUCGACACAGUCAGUCGUCUACCGAUUCGAGCGACUUGCCGCCUCCUGGACGAGCGAACCAGCUCAUAGGCUUAUUUGAAUCUGGUUCUUCUUCAAGAUCUCCGUCGCCAACAAAAAACAAUUCUUCGCUGAAGAGGUCACAGACACCCGGUAACUUGUUUUAUUCGACAUUGUUAUCGCCGCCGGAUAGACCGUUCACUGCCACUGGAUCAUCUUACACGCCUUCCACGUUCACGAAAACUCAGAGCAUGUUUAUGCAAAGCACCUUCUCUCCUUCUGCAUUCACCACAACCCAAACUGGUACAGGUACAGUUACAGGUAUCACCGGAAGUUCCGAACCGACUCAAACUACUCCUACCUCUUCUCUUCGCCGACCAACCAAAUCGGAAGGUUCUCCAAGAAGCCCUCUAACGAAGGUUCGAAACAUUGUACACCCACACGCAAUGAUGGCCCAAAAAAUUCCAGAGCCACUUCAUCUUGGAACUCUAUACUACCUCAAUGUUCAUGCAGAGCCUCCUUAUCGAUGGCAGCGAUGUCAAGCAUUACUUUAUUGUCAUACACUUCUGUUGUCAUGGUUGGCUCCUACUACUCAAUCUGUACCUGGCCCAUCUACUGGUCGGGCGCCGUUGGGCCGCGCUGUCGUACAAUUGGACCUCGUCAACUGUUUUGCGGUUGAGAGCGCUCUUAGCCUAAGUCAUCCCCGUGCUAGAGAUGACGUUGGAGCAAUUGCUGCUAGAGAGCAAGACACUGGAGCUGACACUGGGCUGAUGGAGUCCUUGGUACCAUUCUGGAUGGUUUAUGGCGAUGGCGUAGAGAGGUUGGGAAGCGAUAAAUGCACCUCCGACACCGUCCCUCUCUCGUGCACCAUCCGUUAUUUCUUCUUUCACCUCACUCGUACUAUCGACCGACGCUCUGGUUCUCCCCCUGGCUCGAUCUGGACCAUCAUAUCAAUAGAUUCGAAUUCGAGUGUCUCUUCUACUGCGAGUAGCAGAACCGGGAGUCGUAGUACUGUCUACGUCCCUCCAAUGUCUGACAUUCCUGAUAUUCCUGAAUUGUCUAUGGCGGAAGAUGAUUUAUAUGCCUCAGAAUUGGACGGCACGCGAGGACAUUCAUCUUCAUCGGGUACUGGACGGUAUCAUUCCCUUAUUUCGUCUCCUUCAGUAUCAUCGUCUGGAAGCGGAGCACGACUCAGGCCACCAAGAUUGAUUUCUUCACACCACUCUCGCACCAUCGACGACACUGUAAUUGAUGGCGACGAGUAUGUAUAUCCCGGAGACUCCCGCGCCAUUCCUAGUCGUCCAACUAGCACCUGGAUGAGUUUACGAAGGAGCGGGAGUAUGACGGACCUUGGCAGUGAUGCAUUACAGAGCAACCGGUCAUCCGGCCUAAAUGACAAGAGCGACGACCAGUUUUUCACUGCAGGUAUCAGUAGCAGUGCACCGCGCAACUCAGUGUAUUCAUCAGCUGAGUCGUAUUCGUCGCACACCGGUACAGGCACAGGGACAAGGACGUUUAUUGGGCUGACCAGUAGUGGAAUCAUAGGAACUGGGACAACUGAUACGUAUACUAGGACAGGAAGGUGGUCUUCGGGUGAUAGUGGUACUGAUAGCGGGACAAGAGUCACAGAGUCAACGAGAUAUACUGGAUAUACUUGUACCACUGGCACUGGAGUAGGAACAUAUGCCUCCUAUUCUGGAAGUGGCUCUUACACCGGACCUAGUUCGGAUUCAUAUGCAGCGUCUGGUCCAAAUUCAGAGAACAGGUCUGCGACUACCGCUGUAACCGGCACCGGCAGAACUUCUACAACUGACGACUACGAGUCCCGAACUGGAUACGGAUCAGGCUCUCAUAGUGGCUUGCCUUGCACAGGAACUGGAUCAACAUACUCACCCUAUACAGGAACGACAGGACCGCCUUACACAAUGACUGGCUCUUCAUACACUGGCACGGGCUCGCCGUAUACCUCAACCGCCACUUAUUCCUCCCCAUAUACUCGAAGCAGCACAUCUUCAUCCUACCCGCCUACAUCUCCUUCUCGGAGUGCUCUGAAUCGUACGGCUGCGAUGAGGAGAAGGACUGGUACCACAAGGAGUUAUUCGUCAAGUGGAGGCAGCGGCAGUGGUAGCAACAGUGGGUAUCAGCCUUCGGAGGAGAGUAGCGAGAAAGAAAAUGAUGAAAGUGCAAGCGGGAGCUAUACACCGGCUUCAGGUUCUGAUAGCCAGACUCCAAGUGGACCUCUCAGUGGGACUAAGUCAAGCGAAACUGGAUACGACGUCUGCCCAUCGUCUGAUCUCUCAGAACUAACGAGUCGAAUGACAUACACUUCUACGUCGCCGUGGAUGUCGGGAAGCACACCAAUGCCUUCUGACCCUUCUUCUUCGUCGGACUCAGAUAGGGAGUUGAGCAGCAAUGGUGAAAACUUUGUCACCGCUUCACAAGGCAGUUCAGAUUACCUCACAACUCGUACACCUUCUUCUGAAGCAUCGUUCAAGUCUCUUCCUUCUAUCGCCUCUGAAUAUACUACCGCCAGCGAAGGGUCUAUCGCAUCCAAAACUAUCCCUGAACUUAUCACGGAACCAACAACGGCAUAG